CUCGUUCUCGUGUUCUUCGGCCAAAAAUCUAAAACUUUAAUUUUCACCCAUUUUAUAAAAACACAACACACGCAUCUAAUUCCACCGGAAUUCUCUUCUUCCGGCAAUUUUCUCUCUCCUCCACGCCGCCCUCACUUUCUCUCUCCUCCAGAUUUUCCCGCAAUUUCCAAAGAUCUACUUCUCCACUCAACCCUAAAUCCUCUCUCCUCCAUUUUCAAUUCAAUUUCAAACCUCAAUUUCAACUCAAUUUCUUCACAGUAAACUUCAAUUCAAUUCAAUUCAAUUCAUCCUCCAUUGAUCGAUUCAUUCUAGAGAGAGAAAGUAAUGGAUCGGAGACGAGCGUUGAGUCCGGUGUACACCCGACAGUGGAGCAGCAACUCGACAAACUCAAGCAGCACCGACUCGUUGUCGCCGGCGAUGUCUCCGGCACACCCUAGCUCACGCCUCGGAAGCGGUUACUCGACUGUUAAACGAACUCAGAAUGUUGCCGCUAAAGCCGCUGCUCGCCGAUUAGCGCAGGUUAUGGCUACUCAAACUGCUACCGAUGAUGAUGAUGAUAACGAUGACGGUGAUGUUGAUCUUGGGUUACGGUUUGGUCCUCCGCCGUCUUUGGUUCCGCCUUCGAAGAAUUCUACUAAUGGGUUUUCCCGGCCUAGUAAUCGUGCUCCGUCUCCUGCGUUAGGUAGGAACUAUGUCGAUCACAACGCUCAUUCUGUACGUUCAACGUCAGCUGGAAGGCCAACUCGACAGCCUGCAGCGACACAACCUUCUAAAGUGGGGAUUAAAACCCCUGCUGCGAUACAACCGGUAGAACUUCCCACUUCCAAGACAAGAUCAUCAGACAAAAGGUUUCCAGAUUUUGGUCAUCUCAAAUUGAGAGAUUCAGGAAGCGGACCAGAGGAUGCUGCUCUUCUCGAUGAAUUGGAUAUGCUACAACAAGAGAAUGAAAAUGUUCUUGAACAGCUUCGAGAAGCCGAGAGAAAACGUGAAGAAUCCGAGGCCAGAGCAAGAGAACUUGAAAGACAGGUUGCAUCGAUGGGAGAAGGUUUAUCUCUGGAAGCUAAAAUGUUGAGCAGGAAGGAAGCAGCACUACGUCAAAGAGAGGCUGCCCUUGCAGCUGCAAAACAACGCAGGGAAGGCAAAGCAGAAAUGGAGACUUUGCAUUCAGAAAUUGAGAACCUAAGAAUGGAGGCUGCUGCAACAAUGGAAAAGCUUGAAGAAGCUGAGUCUGAGGCAAAAGCGAUGCGUACCAUGACUAAGAGAAUGGUUUUGACCCAGGAAGAGAUGGAGGAAGUUGUUCUUAAAAGGUGCUGGCUUGCUCGUUACUGGGGCUUGGCUGUGCAGUAUGGCAUUUGUGCCGAUAUAGCUGGGUCCAAGUAUGAACAUUGGUCUAGAUUUGCUCCUCUUCCAUUUGAAGUUGUCAUAUCUGCAGGACAGAAGGCUAAGGAGGAUUUUGUGAAUAGAGGUGAGAGUGAUUCAAGUAAAGGGAGCAAGUCUGGCAGAGAGACCAGUGAUCUUACUGGGGAGGGAAACAUUGAAACUAUGCUUUCAGUAGAAAUGGAUUUAAGGGAAAUGGCUUCCUUAAAGAUAGAGGAUGCAGUUGCAUUGGCAAUGGCACAAAAAAGACGCCCAAAUUUAGUCCGAGAUUUCAAAGUGGCUGGUGAUCCCAAGUUUAUGGAGUCAUUUGAAUUGAGUCAAGAGGAAACAGAUGAUGUGCUUUUCAAGGAGGCCUGGAUGACGUAUUUCUGGAAAAGAGCAAGAGAUCACCAGGUUGAGGAGGACAUUGCUGAAGAGAGACUUCAAUUAUGGACCAGCCGCAGCGGUCAGUCUCCAGCGUUGCAGGAUGCAGUCGAUGUUGAACGUGGUUUGAUUGAGUUAAGGAAACUUGGAUUAGAACAACAACUGUGGGAAACAUCUCGCAAAGAGAUGGAACAUCAUUCACCUUCAUCACAAGUUGCCAAUCACAAACAUGAUGCCGAAUCAGAGAAUUCUACAUAAUGGACUUUCUCCUGCUAUACUGCAUGGUAAACAAUACAAUUUUCAACCUUUCUCUUGUUUAGUUUAAAUGUUAUGGCUGGCAUUUUUUUCAGUUCACAGUUUAUUUUUUUAUACCUUUGAAAAACGAAAUGUAGAGGUUGGUGGCAUUGUGUACGUGCUUAGUCUCUUGAUAUCAUUGAACAAGAAAUCAAGAAUCCUUGUAAAGUUGGUGUGUAAUUAAAGUGCUUGUAUAAAAUCUUGCAAAUGCAGUAAUUUUUGAAAUUUAUAGAAUUGCAGUUAUAUUUACUGUGUUUUUACUUGUACAA